AAGGAGGGGAGGCCACCAAAAUUAUUUAGAAUUAGAACACUUGUAAAUGUUGUGAUUCAAAGCAGCAUAUCAUGAACGAAAGAGCAACAAGAAACAUUCAGGGGUAGCUGUGUUGGCCAUGUAACAAAUGCAAAAAAAAUCCAUCAGUGAUACCUUUCUUGGCCAACCAAAAUGCACAAUACAGUAUACGUGUUGCAAGCUUUUGAAGCUUCAUGGGCUUCUUCAUCAGGCAAGAUGUUACAAACCAAACAUGAGAAAGGAAAAACAACUGGCGAAGUUAGUCAGAUGCCUCCAUGUUAUUUCAGCCCAUAGUAAAGAUGUUAUGAUGGGGAGGAUAUCUUUUGCAGGCUGGGGCCUCCUCUUCCUGGCCAUGCGGAAGAGGGAGACUUUCAAAGUCCAGGAAAUUUAAAGUCCAUUUGUAUCUCAACAGGGACCCCUAUUUUGCAACCCAAUAUGUCUCCAUUCCACUAGAGGCCACAGGCCUCUUUGUAGGCAGAGAACUAUGGAUUCUCAAGACGUCUCCAUGUUUUUCCAUCAGGAACAUUUUGGGGGUGCAGAAGGGCUGCAGUGCAGGCCUUCAGAGCGGAUGCCAUGACAGCAGCUCCACAGCGUGGAAGUGUUGCAUGUGAACACCACCCAUCACUGCACAAACCCAGCUCCUGGUCUCCUUUGAGGAAGUGGUUGUGUAUUUCACCAAGGAAGAGUGGGAUCUUAGAUUCAGGGCCAUAGGACUCUCUGGAAGGAAGUCAGGAUGGAAAAUGAUGAGAACAUGGACUCUCCAGCAGGUAAUGAGCUGGAGAAGGAGACUUUUGUAGAGAAUCCAUCAGCAUUAUGGGAGACUAGCAAGACUGUUGUGGAGAAAGUGGAGUCUGGAAAUCAAAGGGGACUGAAAAGACAAAAGGCAUGCCAAUCAAUGAAUAGGAGGAAGAACACUGUUUCUCAGGAGCAUGAUAUUUAUGAACUCCUGACCCCCCAGGAAAACUGCAAAGGGAAAAUAUCAUCAAACUGUUCUGUUUACAGAAGAAUAUUCCAAUAUAAAUUUCGCACAAAAUUACAUUGCAGAAUCCACAAAGAGUUAAAACCACAUGAAUGCAAAGAAUGUGGAAAGAGCUUCAAAUGGAGUAGUCAACUAUAUUCGCAUCAAAGAACGCACACAGGGGAGAAACCAUUUAAAUGCAUGGAAUGUGGAAAGAGCUUCAAUCAAGUUGUGGCCCUUCUUUUACAUCGAAGAACCCACACAGGGGAGAAACCAUAUAAGUGCAUGGAAUGUGGAAAGAGCUUCAGUCAGAGUGGAGAUCUAAAGCCACAUCAGAGAACUCACACAGGGGAGAAACCAUAUAAAUGCCUAGAAUGUGGAAAGAGUUUCAGUCACAGUGGAAGUCUAUGUGCACAUCGAAGAAUCCACACAAGGGAGAAGCCAUAUAAAUGCUAGGAAUGUGAAAAUAGUUUCAUUCACUUUAGAAUAUUGCUGAAACAUCAAGUAAAUCACUUAGCAUGAUAUAUUAUACUCAUAGAGGUGUCCUUGAAUUAUUUGACAGGUUAGGUACUGGAGCACUGUAAAAAAGUGGAAAGUGUUGAAAUGCAGAACUAUUAUGUAUUACCAUACAGUGCUCUAAUCCCGUACCUCUUGAAUAAGUGGGGGAUGCCUAAGUACAAAUAUAGGUAUGAAUGCAGUACCUGCUGCUCGAGAGAAGCAGAAUGGUAGCUGAAUGAGCCUGGGCUGCUUUCACAGAGAAGCCACACUUUUCCAAACGUUUCUGCUUGGCCUCUCCAGAGCCAUGCCCAGAUCUGGCUGCACUAACUAACACCAAACUAGAGGAGAGUGUUCUUUUAAAAAACGGUAAUUCAUUUCUCCCUCAACAACCCCAGCAGUUGCUUCCUGACUUGGGGCACACUCUCCCAUUGGUCAGGCACUGAAUGGUGGUGAGCAAGGAGAAUUGGCGGCUGAGCAGCAGCAAAGGCAAGGCCACUGCACAGAGCUACACCUCCUGUUGGCACUGCAGCUCAGGAGAGGCAGGAAGGCAGCUGGCCACUUGCUCAACUCAUGCUGCUUUGCAGGCCAGCUGCUCCCAGCUACAGUUCCAGCCAUUGCUUCUGCUGCCACCUCUGCUACUUCCUGCAUAGGAUCAGUGUACCUGUGUGGCUGGGUGCACAAAAGCAGUGCCAUCACUGGUGUGGCCAGUGCUGGCAGCAAUAGGGGAGGCAAUGGUUCAGGAUGUGGCUGAGAGCAGCUGGCCUGCAAAUUGGCCUGGCAUGAGCCAGCGGCCAGCUGCAUUCCUGAUAGUCCUGAUGUGGAAUCUGUACUCAGGACAAGAGGCUACUGCCAGGACAGUACACAGAGAAACAGGAUGGUUCCCAGUUGGCAAAGGGUGGAGACAAGGCUGUAUUGUACCACCCUACCUGUUCAACCUAUAUUCAGAACAUAUUGUAAGACAACCAGAUUUGUACACAAAAGAAGGAGUGAAAAUAGAGGAAGGAAUAUCAACAAUCUGAGCUACACCAAUGACACCAUAAU